CUCGCAGAGAAACAGUCCCAAUUUGGGAAACUGGUAAUCCCCCAGAACGUACUAAAAUGACAAUGAGAGAUUUUAUUUACUACUUGCCUGAUACAAAUCCAAUGCUAUCUUCAUUUGGAGAAGAGAAAAGACCUCCUUUUCCAGUUCUAACCAAAGAGCCAGAAGUGGGAACCAUUAACCCACCAGCAGAGGAUGAAGGUGAAGAAUCGGAUGAUGCAGUUUUGGGUCCACGUGUCAAAGUUGCUGAAGAUGGCUCUAUUAUUAUUGAUGAAGAAAGUUUAACUGUUGAGGUUUUGAGGAAGAAAGGACCUAUUGUUGAAGAAAAUGAUCCCAUUUUUGAACGUGGUUCUCAAACAACUUAUUCCAGUUUUAGGAAGAGUACACAUACAAAGCCAUGGUCUAAUAAAGAAACAGACAUGUUCUUUCUAGCAAUCAGUAUGGUUGGGACAGAUUUCUCUAUGAUUGGUCAGUUAUUCCCUAACAGGACAAGAAUAGAAAUAAAGAACAAAUUUAAACGUGAAGAAAAGUUGAAUUCAUGGAGGAUUGACAAAGCAUUCAAGGAGAAGAAACCACUUGACCUGGAUUUUUUUGGAGCGUUACUAAACCGAGUUUUAGAAGCAGAGUCAAAGAGAAAGAAAGAAAAGGAUGAGAAGACCAAAAGUCAAGGUCCAAGAAAGCCAUCUAGGAGCAAACGGAACAGGAAAGGCAAAAAUGUGACGGAACUAGAAAGUGAUCCUGAUGACCCUGAUCCAGUUGAAGUUGCUGACACUGAAUUAGCUGAAGCUGAUUCCAAUGCUGUAGCGGAGGGAACUGAAGCAUCUUGCAGUGUGGAAUGUCAGGAAGACGCAAGUAAAAAAGAAAGCACAUCAAAGCCCUAUCCAACUAAGUGUAAGCGAAAACGGAAGAAAAAAUCUACUCCAGAGCCAGCAGAACAAGAAACUGCUGAAGAUCCACCUCAGGAAGGAAGCACUUCUCAGAAAUUAAAGCAGGAAGUGCAGCAGUGCAAGAUCGGAAUUCCAAAAUCUUCAGCUUUGACUUCUGCCGAAGAAGACAGCAGUGGAGACCAGAUUGCAGAACAUGAAGAUGAAUGUCUUUUAGUGAAUAGUGAAAUAUCGCUUGAGCAAGAGACCUCUGAAAACAAACUGCCUUCCAAAACACACAGAAAAGCGAAUCACAAUGAUGAAGGCCGAUCUUUGAGUGAUCAUGAAAGUGUAGCACCAUCAGAAACGUCCCCCCCAGUUACAACAGAAACUUCAAAGAAAUCACGUGUUCGUGCGCAGAAAUUUAAACCCAACUCAAAAGCAAUUGGAACAAAAAGAGCAGGAGAUAAAAAUGGUGAUCAAACUGCUCCAGAAGCUAUUAGAUUUUAUGAUGGUGACAACAAGGAAGACAAGAGUGAAAAAGUGCAAGAAUCACCUGUACAGGAUGUCGAUCCUCCUAACUGUGAUCCCCCUGAGAUCAUGAAUAAUGAAGUGUCAGAAAAGGAGAGCAACAGUUCCCCAAUAUCUGAAACAGCUGAAGCUGAUAAAACCAAGAAAAUAUUGGAAAACAAAACACAAGGUUCUGAUACUGAAUCAUGGCCAAUGGAGAAACAGGAGGAAUCAAUGCCCAAACCAAACCAUGCAGCAAGGAGACGGUUCCAGAAGCCUAAGCCAAACUUGGGAAGAGCAGUUGUGUUAAUUGUUGAAAACAAGAUUGCUCCAGAGCAAGAGAAAGUUGUUACAACCGAAGAGGAACGAGAUCUCAGUCCAGAUAUCGCAAUUGCUGAAGUUCGUGAAGCCAGUGAGAAGACUGGAGCAGAUUCUUAUUUUGCUUCAGAGGCACAAACCGUGGAUACUUUAAUACACAGUAAUGUGCAGAGACAGCAGGAUGCACUGCAGGGUUCAUCAGAAGCCAGUAAACCAAUAGCCCCAAUAUCUCAGUCAAGAGUGCAAUCUCUGGAGGCAGCCACUAAUUCUAUGGAAAUAGAGGCACAAAGUAUUGUAGCUUCAGAUAAUGAGAUGCCACGAACUGGCUACCAGGAUUCUAGCGGAAAGCAGCAAUCGCAAAUGCCAUCUGAGUAUGACAGUCAAGAAGAACAUGAAGAUUUGAAGCUGGAUUCCGUUCAGGACAAUAUUAUAAGCAAACCAACUAGGUCUGGACGGCAACCCAGACCAACAGCAUUUUAUAAAUCUCCAACAGAACAAAAACCAUCAUCCUCUUCUCCAUUAUUACCUGAAGCAGAAAAUGAGGAUAAAAGCAGGAAUAGACGUGCACGGUCUCAAAAAACUAAACCUAAACUCAACAAAGGCUUGAAUAAGAAAGAGAUAAAUAAGAAUGCUGGGAAAGGCCAGGGAACAUCAAAAGUGAGACUAGUGACCUUGAGAGCAUCCCAGGAAGAUGAAGAAGAUGAUGAACCUGAGCCGAUAAAAGAGGAUGAUGUCUAUCUCAUCAAUCCUGAGGAGGUCAACAAAGUACCAGCUUUUGUGCCAAUCAGCCUACGCUCUCCUGAACCUGUUCAAACUGAAGUCGAGGAAACCAUGGAAGAGCUUGAAAUAGCAGUCAAUGUCUGCGACAAGAACUAUGAUAGUGAAACUGAACAAACACUCUGUGAGUCACCUGAUAAAAGUGAGCCCAGUCAGUCAUGCAGCUUAACUCCAGAAGAAGAUUACCACCCAGAAGCUACUGAUCAGAUUGAACUUUUUGUUGAAGUUAUUGAAAUUGCUAGUGAAGAUCUAAGUCAGGAAGAGGACUAUGAUAAUACAGAAUCUGCUGAUGGUUUCCAAGAUGCUGCGUACACAAGUAUAGGCAGUGUGGAUCAGAAGAGCUUGGAGCAAGAAGCUAUCCUUGGUGGUGAUCCUUCUCCUAUGCAAGUUGAAGUACAUGACACUGCUCCUGAUGGGUGCACUGAAUCUAGCAGAUGUGAUGAGCAGCAUAUUCCAACAGAGAAUAAUCUGAAGGAUGGGCUUGACUUAGAAGAAUCUUCUCUUCCAAAAGAAGAUUCUCACAAUGCUAGCAUUAGUAGCUCCACAGUCACUGAGCAGACAAGUUUACAGACAAACCAAGCUAUAAAAAGGUGCAGAUUUCUUAAACCAAAACCCAACCUCAGUAAAACCACACGUAGAAGUCACGCUAAUAAGACCUGUCCUAUUACAGAGAGUAGACCGAUACAGAACUCUGUAGAAUCAUCUGAAACAACAUUGCAGAAGUCGAAACAGGACAAUGAAUCGAAGGACAGCCUUGGUGACUCCUUGCAGCUUCGCCUGGUUACAGCAGAAACUGAUAAACAACGCCUAAACACCGAGCAGAUUUCAUUUGGGCAACCAAAUGAUAAGGUGUCACUGUCUGAUGAACAAGGGAAAUGUGUUGGAAAUCAAGAUCAAAUGAACAAAACUGAACAUUUGGGUUGUAGCACUGAGCAACUGUGGGAAAAGUUAUCAAUAUUUGAACAACAAGACAUGGGGCAUGGAAAGCAACCCAGUAGGACUGAGCAUCUGGUUGAUGAGAUUCAGCAUGUGGGUAAGCAGUCAUCAAUAAAUGAACAACAAGAUCAAUACGUGGAAGAUGAAGAACAACUGAGUAGGACUCAGCAUCUGGAUGAUGAGACCCAGCAUGUGGUUGAACAGCUAUCAGUAUCUGAGCAACAGAACCAGUGUGUGGAAGCUGAGGAAGAACAACCAAGUAGGACUCAGCAUCUGGAUGAUGAGACCCAGCAUGUGGUUGAACAGUUAUCAGUAUCUGAGCAACAGAACCAGUGUGUGGAAGGUGAAGAAGAACUACUGAGUAGGACUCACCGUCUGGGUGAACAGUUAUUGAUACCUAAGCAACAAAACCAAUGGGUGGAAGACGAAGAGCAACUGAGGAGGACUGCAUAUCUGGGUGAUGAGACUCAGUAUAGGCAUGAACAGUUAUCAACACUCGAGCAACAAGACCAAUGUAUGAAAGAUGAAGAAGGGCAAUCGAGUAGGACUCACCAUCUGGGUGAACAGUUAUCAGUACUAAAGCAACAAAACCAAUGGGUGGAAGACGAAGAGCAACUGAGGAGGACUGCAUAUCUGGGUGAUGAGACUCAGUAUAGGCAUGAACAGUUAUCAACACUUGAGCAGCAAGACCAAUGUAUGAAAGAUGAAGAAGGGCAAUCGAGUAGGACUCAGCAUCUGGGCGAACAAUUAUCAAUACUAAAGCAACAAAACCAAUGGGUGGAAGACGAAGAGCAACUGAGGAGGACUGCAUAUCUGGGUGAUGAGACUCAGUAUAGGCAUGAACAGUUAUCAACACUCGAGCAACAAGACCAAUGUAUGAAAGAUGAAGAAGGGCAAUCGAGUAGGACUCAGCAUCUGGGCAAACAAUUAUCAAUACUAAAGCAACAAAACCAAUGGGUGGAAGAUGAAGACCAACUUGAAAGAGCUAAGCAACUGGAUGCUAGAAUUGAGUGUCUGAGUGCAAGUGUGUCUCCAGCAAAUGAUCAACGACAGACAACAUCUGAAAGUCAAGAAGCACAAUCAGGCAUGUCCUGUGGUGCAUACUUCUCUCAAUCCACGUUGAGUCGGUGUCAGAGAACUGAUGCAAAGCUAUCCAUAGGAGCUCCAGAAUCAAAUGCUGAUGUUUCAUAUUUUGGUUACUCCCAACAGAUUAAUAUCAUAGAAGCUCAAAAUGCAGAACACCAGGAGACAUCGAACACUUCUGAAGAGAACCUAGAGCACAUGAUGGAAAUGGGAAAUCCAAAUGAAGAAACAUUUGUAUUGACCCUAGUUGAGAUACCAGUCUCCUCCUUAACGGAUUAUGAUGCCUCUUCUGCUUCCUUCACUCCUGUCUCAGAAGGCACCUUAACAGUGGUUGAACCAGUUCUUCCCUUGCCUACAGAAAAUGUUGAAGUUAGUGAAUCUGUGAGCUCUGAACCACCAAUGGAGGCACCCACAGUAUCUAGCUUUUCAGAUUCAGUGUCACAUUCAGAAAAUACACAACAACAAUGGAGUUCAAAUGUGCCAAGAUCAAAUAUAGGACAAAUGCAGAGAAAAAGGAAAGCUCAUGCUUUUGGUGAUGAGCAAGAUUCUCCAACUAAAAAAAGCCCAGCAAUUAUAUCAAUCAAUGAGGAAUCAACAGAAAAGGUUCAACUAAAUGAAGGAAUGGCUCAGUCAAAAUUAGCCACCUUUACAUCACCUGAGGAAUGUCCAGCAGCUGUUACAAGUGGAAUAUUAAAUUCCAGUGCUACUGAAAUGAAUUUUCAGUUGGAAUCCAGAGAAGGCUUCAUAUCUGUUACACGGGAUAGCAUUAGUAAUCCUGUUCCUAUUGAAACAGUGACUGAGACGCAUUCUGAGUCACUUAAAGAAAUAAAAAAGCCUAGUUCACGGAUAAGAAGAGGAAAACUCACUGUGAAACCUAAUAUUUCUACAAAGAGAGGUACAUGUACUCUUGAUACUAGCCUUCCCGGCAAAAGUAAAGACUCUUUGAAGCUUUCAAGAACGCCCAAAAAUUCGCCUUCUGGAAAAAGUUUACAUGCUGAACCAGCAUGUAAUUUGUCAGUUGAUAUGGACUUUUCACAGCAAAAACUAGGAUCUGCGUUCUGCAACCAGGAUCAAACUGAUGGCCAAAUACAUACAGCUACCACUGAAGCAGGACAUUCUGCAGAGACUUUGGCAGUAGAUAUACAUGUGGGCGCAACAGUAAAUAAAAAUGUGGAUAUUUCAGCAGAGCAAUCUGAAAGUAGUAUGCAAGAAACACCUUCAACUUCUGGUACAAAUCUGACAAGGCCUGGACGUAAACCACGAGGAUUUUUAUCAUUUAUAUCUAAAAAACCCUCUGAGAAUGAAAGUGAAACCAAACUGCAAAGAACAAAAUUUCUGAAACCCCGUAUGAAUCUUCCAAGGUUUGCUGGAAAAAGGCCAAUUCCAUCUGAGGAAAAUCCUGAAGAAACAAAAAUAAAUACUUCACCUGUUGCAAAAGGAAAGUCAUUUGAAAAGCCAGGUGGCCACCAACUUGACAGCAGAAGUAUCCCAACUGAAGUAAAACGUAAGUCCUCACUGCAGAGUUGGCAGUCAGAGUCUUACACAGAGGAGGUCUGCUGUGCAAUGGAAGAAGGCACAGAACAGAUGCAGCCAACAAGAGUUGCUGAAUAUUUCUUCAGUGAUAUUUUCACAGAAGUGGAAGAGGAUGAAGAAGAAUGCUCAUAGCUGCAUAUUUAGCUGGUGCUGAUACAUACUAUGUAAUGUGAUAUGUUCAAUGAUAUGAUACAAUCACAGAAUUGGAGGACAAAUGACAUUAAAAUAUACAAGCAUUGUUAGCUUUUAUCUGUUCUGCUGGCACUGAGACCUCUGAUAAAAUACUACGUUCAUGCUAUGAAUAGGCAAACAAAAGGUUGGUCAAUCACUAUUACCUUUCAUGGUUGGAAAUAUCAAGAUUUUGCAGGCCAAUUAGUUGUAACAAUGUAUUUCUUAUCAAAUUCAAAUGUGUUAAAAGUAACUGCUGUUUUACAAUUCACAGUACAUGAUAACUCCCUUAACUAUACAACAAGUUAAUGUUUCAUCAAAAAGUUGUUUACAAUAUUGAUGAAUUUCUAAUACGUUUCUCCUUUAAUCUGUGAUUCCUUUGCUAUAAUGGGAUGCUUUUGUCCAAGUGGAUCUCACAAUACAAAGUAGAAAAGUUUAUUUUCAUUUUCAUUUUUUUUGUAGAAAGAGGAGUAGCAAGAUGUGUGCUUUAUUUUAGUAACCCACAAUUUUGCAUUGAUGUUCAAAGAACAGACUACAUCCUCAAAGUAUUGCACUUUAACAUCCAAGUAAUUAAUCAGGAUCACUUUUAAAAUAUUAAAUUUAGAAUCCAAAAUACUAAUGGGUUACGAUAUAUUUUGAUAAUUGCAUUUAGCAGACACUUCUUUUUGGAAAAAAAAAGCAAUGAUUUCAAUGAUAUAUUUUUGCUUAUGAUAAAUUUUAAAUGCAUCAGAAUAAAGCAAUAAAUAGUGGAAACAAAAUUAGAAAGCCCAUAUGAAACAGAACAAAUGUAUAGUCUGAAAAGGAUAAACUAUUGUUAUAAGUCAUUGACAUCUAAAAUGUCAGUGAGUUUUAAGUUCUUGGAUGCAAAUUAUGUUGGUAGUGGGAUGAAAUAAAGUUCAGGGCUAGAUAUUUUGCGCAUAAGUUAUUACACAAGUGGCUGGGUACUAAAUCUGAUUCCAACGGUUUUUUUAAAAGAAAAUUACCGAGGAAGUUAUUCAGAAAAUUGCACUGAUAAAUUGACAACAUUUUAAAACUUCAAUCUCUUUAAGCAUUGGUGUGAUGAUGUAGCUAGCAUGUUGCUUGGUGAGCAUUUCUGAGGUAAGGAUCUUUAUCUUUAUUACCUCAUUUUAUUUUCUUUGUAGAUAAUGUGCCUUGUCCAGCAAGUAUUUUCAUAUUUCAGAUUUAGUGUUUAGUGAAGGUGCUGUUCCUUUUAAAGUUUCAGAAUGAUGGCUGUAUAUUUGAGUAACUGAUCAGAAAGAAACUUAUACAAAUUUGGAUGUGAAACCGGCAUCUCCAAUGACAGCCCAACUUUAAAACUUUUCAGUGAUUGAUUUAUAUAAGAUUGCUAUGAACUGAGAUUUAUUUGCAUGUCAUACAUGUCAACAAUGAGAUACACAAGUUUUCUUUUUGUGAAAUUACUGGCACUUGUCUUUUGUGUCCUUUCAAUGCAAUUGUAAACAAAAUUUCGAGACUACUUGUAGAUAUCCAUUUGUGUUAAAGCGAAGUUAUUCAAACUUAUUUUGAAAUUUUAAUUUUUAAAAAUAAAAUCUGUUAGAUAUGUUCCCUUAGUUAACAUUAUGAACAUGUGAUAUGUGUUAAUUGAACUGUAUUUUAAUGUGGGCUCAAUCACAUUUGCAGAUAAUUUAUCUCAUUUUUUGUCUAUGAAUUAUUAUUUAAGAUAAUCCAGAUGUAGCUGUAAUAUUUGUAUUGACUUAGAAAUGGGGGGAAAAAGAUGAGGAAUGCCAUUAUUUGGAACAAAUUAAAAUGUGAACCAGUUACAACUGCUAAGUGACCCAACGGUAACUCAUGCGGUAAAAUAUAGACAUUUGGGACAGCAUAUCUUAAAGGUACCAUUUCACAUUUGAUAUAUCAAAAAAGACUGAAAGGGACUCAAAAACCGAAAGCUUGUGUUGUGGUACAAGGCUUCAACUUUGGUUGGACAUAAAUUUCAUAGUUAUGUGUAAUUAGUUUUGUAACCAGGCUGGAAUGAAGAAAUGGCCAAGCACCAUUGACACUGUCUGAUUAUAAUCUCUGAAACAACAUUAAGUUCAAAAGUUUAUGCAAGAUCUAUAACAAAUUCUGACUGAUGACUGGGCAUAUAGAAGAAGAAAUUAAUCUUGGGCAGUGACAUAGAAAAAAAGAUAUUGGAUAAGCUCCAUUGCAUUCAAAAGAACUGAAUACCAGGGACUGUAAUGGGUACCUAAUCCAGUACUGCCAUUUUGUGCCACUACUUUGAAUUUCUACCUAGUACUGUUGGGAGCAGAUUAAAAGUGUUGAGAAGGAACUCAAACAGGAAGUAACUAACAAGUUAAUUAUGUUAAACUUCAAAAGUAAUGCUAAUAUAUGUGGUAAUGCACAACAAAUUAUUUGAAUUUAGCUUGUCCCUGUCAAAGCAACUGGGUCAGUUGCUUCACUCAUAUUGACAUAUACAUAUAUGUAAAUUACUGUUGAAGCAUUGUUCAUGUGAUUGCAAAUAUGUAUGUAGUUGUUUACUGAAUGACUAACUCCAGAGUCAUUACAACAUCUUCCUUGUUUGGAAGGAACAUUACAGUAUUACUGCAUAGAUGUAUUAAUCUGUGGACUGCUUGUAAAUUCUGUAAAUAAAACAUUCUUAUAUAA